AUGUCUUCCCAAACACAGGUCACUCAUCUCUCGCCAACGAGAGGAGGGGCAAAGCAACCGGAAUCCUGGAAUAAGGCCACCAAUGCAAUGGGGAAGCGGCGUUCAUCAAGAGCGUGUCUAUCAUGCCGCAACAGGAAAGUUCGCUGUGAUGUGGUUCGUGGAGGAGUUCCUUGCAACAACUGUCGCCUGGACAGUGUCGAAUGUAUCAUCAAGGAAUCCAACCGGGGAAAGAAGGUCGGAGAGGGCCGUUCGCGCCCGGCAGUAGCUUCAUCAGCGGAAAAUUCUCGUGCGGAACUCACAUCUCCCGGUAUUAGACAAGAUACGGCUCGCAUGUCACUUACAGGCCCCGAGAACCAACAGAAUGAGUCAGGAGUCGAGGAUUGCCUCGAUUACAGUCAGGAUGAAGACGAUGAGCCUGACGCAAACCAAGAUUUUGACGACCUGGACGAAUUCCAGGCCGUAGAGGAACCAAAUGGUGCUCCUAGCAGUCCUCAGAUUCCCAAUCUAGUCCUGCACAACGGCAUGAAUACCGGUGACAUUCCGGCGCCAUAUCUCCCGCCUUAUAUCAAGCCUCUUCCAAGCCAUAUAGGGCCGCGAGACCUCUCUUAUCUUGCGGACAAGGAUGCCUUGACAAUUCCAGAUGAUGAGCUCCGAGGCGAACUACUGCGAGUGUACGUUUACAUUGUCUACGCCUUCAUGCCUGCCGUGGAGCUGAAUUCAUUUCUUGGCCCGAUUCUGCGAAAUGAUGGAAAGAACCCAGUCAGUUUAGUUCUUUUUCAGGCAGUUAUGUAUGUGAGCGUAACGUUCGUGGACGAUGAAUACCUCCAAGCAAGAGGGUAUUCAAACCGAAAGUCGGCUCGUAAAAUCUUUUCCAACCGAGUCCGCUUGCUUUACGGGCUUGACUGUGAGCAAGACCGCCUCACAGUACUUCAAUCCUUGCUUUUUAUGACGUAUUGGUGUGACUUUUCAAACGACGAGAAGGAUACUUGGUACUGGAUAGGAGUCACCUUAUCACAGGCCCAAGCCAUUGGUAUCCACAGAAAUCCAGAAAGCCUGGAUAUCAGCUCAGAAGAAAAGUGUAUGAGGCGAAGGAUCUGGUGGUCAUGUCUCAUCCGAGACCGGCUCUUGUGUCUUGCUGUUCGGCGACCCCCAAGAAUACGUGACGAAGAAUUCGAUGUCCCAAUGCUAACUAUCGACGACUUUGAGAACAGCCUUCAAAUGCCGACCGAUGAGGUGCUGAAACUUCUCGGGGAGUCUGGACUUACGACGCUUGAUGUCGAUGGCCGCAAAGGUGUGGCAUUGAUUUGUGUAGAGCUGGCCAAGCUGUGCAUUUGCAUUGGAAAAGUUCUUACGACGCAAUAUUCGAUACUUGGCAGCCCGGUGGGAGGUUCCCAAUCGUUCACACAGACUGCAACUGUCCCACAGUUCUCAGAGAAGCAAGCCCUCGACUUAGCUAAGUGUGAUGGCGAGUUGCAGGAUUGGCUACGAAAUCGGCAGGCAGUUUGCCGAUACUCACCUCCUGUGCGAGGAUCAACCGCGAAUAACAAUUGGUGUAACCGAAUCACCCGACUACAUCAGGCUCUAUUACAUAUGAUCUACCUCAACACGGUUGGGGCUCUUCAUCGACCUCAAGCGUUCAGUCCUACGACGAGUCCGGCUGAGUCCGUCAACCGGAAGAAUUCAAUCCAAAGAGUGAAGGAAGCAGCGAUUGCUACUACCAAACUUGCAUUUGACCUUCAAUCGGAGAACCAGUUCCAUUACCUAUCCACAAGCAGCAUACCUGCUUUUCUUUCUGCGGCUCUUAUCCAUCUACGGGAUGUGUGUAGCCCAGUAGAGGAGGUUCGCAGCACCGGAAUCGGUCGUUUCUAUCAAAGUGUCCAGGCCUUGCACCAACUCCAGGAGAUGUACGUGGCAGCCGAGCUUGCCAUUCGAUUCCUGGAGAAAGUGAUUAAAACCAUCGAUCUCCCGAGUCCUAUGCUAGCAGCAAUCCGGAUCUCCCGGGCUAGUGGGCCUCAAAUGGGGGUUGAAAACAGAAAUUUGAUAGCCUUCUGGGGCUACCAUUCAAAUGAUCGAGGUUUUCCUGGGUUUGUGACACCCAGUGGCCCUCAUAGCCAGGAUCUCGCGCCAUCCAACACGUCAAGACCAGACCUUGCCAAUUUGCAGCCUGCCCCUAGCCCAUCUAUAAACAAUAUUUUCAACAAUUUUGCGCUUGAUAGAGGGCAGCUUGGUUCAGUACCUGAAGACUUCCAGAUACCUCAGAUGUUUCCUGGUCUUGAGGCUGACGGGCCUCUGCCAGAGUUGAUCAAUUUUGAUAUUGACCCUAGCUUUUUCCAAGUGGAUUAA